AUGGAGGGCGAACAGGUCCCUGGGUCCCAUUCGCGCCCGCCUCUGCGGCUGCAGGCAACGGCAUUUCCUGCCUAUACCACUUCAUCGCUGUCGCCUUCUUUCAAGUUAGAUGAAGGCUACUCGGAUGACACUCGCAGUCAGUCCGACAAGGACCUGGGGUCUGAUAAUGCCAUGAUUCUUCCAGACUGGGUGCUGGCGCAAAGUGAGGCUGACAGGGCUGACUUUGCUUACAACCUACUACGAUCUCUCUCAACCUCGACCCUUGCCGGCCUAGUUGACCGACUCAACCCCCUGCUCCACAUGGAUCCCGUCUUGAAACUACCACCCGAAUUGACAUUCGAGAUAUUUUCAUAUUUGGAACCGCGUAUGCUGCUCACAGCGUCACUCGCAUCACGCUCAUGGCGAAGCCGAAUUUUGGAUUCCGGUCUCUGGCGCGUGCUAUACAUCAAUGAGGGCUGGCGCGUGGAUAUCCGCGCCAUUCGGAAUUUCGAGCAAGAGCAUUCCGAAGCAAUGUCUCCGCAAACCCGCCGAGCACGCUCACGACAUUCCGAACCCGAUCUUGGAGAGCCAAAACAUAAGAAGCGCGUGCCCCCGACCUGGUAUGAUUCACGUGGUGCUAGUGGUCCAGAGACGCAGGAGGUCAGACUGGAGGCGGAUCAUGAAGGUGAUCACCAUAUGGCCGACGCAAGUGAUCGUGAUCGCGGCGCACCCUGUUCGUCAAACGGAACAGCACUAGCGACAACCCGCUACAUUAGACAAGCUCACUCUUCCCUUCAGCCCCCCGUCAAAUCUUCUCUACUCUUACAUCAUCCGAAGGGGUCAGUGAAACUCAACUGGCUCCAUCUCUACAAACAACGCCGGCGCCUUGAGGCCAAUUGGCAUCAUGCCCGAUUCACCAAUUUUCAGUUGCCCCAUCCAUCUCAUCCCGAGGAAGGUCAUCAAGAAUGUGUCUAUGCAAUUCAAUUCCAAGGGAAGUGGUUGGUCAGCGGCAGCCGGGACAGAACAGUACGAGUUUGGGAUCUGGAGACCAAGCGGUUGUGGCACCGUCCAUUAGUUGGACAUCUUAGAUCAGUCCUCUGUCUUCAAUUCGAUCCAAGCCCUGAAGAAGAUGUUAUCAUCUCCGGCAGCAGUGACAAAGCCGUGAUUAUGUGGAAAUUCUCGACGGGGCAGAAACUUCAUCAAAUCAAUAAUGCGCAUGCCGACUCCGUGUUGAACCUCAAAUUUGACCAUCGGUAUCUGGUAACAUGUUCUAAGGACCGAACAGUGAAAGUGUGGAACCGCCGCGAUCUUUUACCAAGUGACGAGGAGUAUCCUCGUAUUUGCAAAGGCGGCGGAGCCUCUUACCCAUCAUAUAUCAUCGAUCUAAAUGACAUGGCUCCUAAUCUAGUGGAUGCUACUAUCGCCAAUCGCCAUAUCAAGUCCCUGAAGGCCUACUCCCUUCUUAUGACUGUCGAAGGACAUGGGGCUGCAGUCAAUGCAAUGGAACUCCAUGGUGACGAGAUUGUGACCGCCUCUGGUGACCGGAUGAUCAAGGUCUGGAAUAUUCGAAACGGCACCUGUCUGAAAACAUUGAUGGGCCAUGAGAAGGGCAUUGCUUGCGUUCAAUUUGAUAGUCGCCGAAUCAUCAGUGGCAGCAACGAUAACACUGUCCGAAUCUAUGAUCAUGCCUCGGGAGCCGAAGUCGCUUGUCUCCGUGGGCAUAAUAAUCUGGUUCGAACGGUACAGGCUGGGUUUGGCGACCCCCCUGGUGCCGACGAGGCUUUGCGGAUGGAGGCGCUGGAGGUUGAAAAUGAAUUUUUCCGAGCCCAGAAAGAUGGUCAUCCGGUUGGCCUUGGCCCUCGGGCUCUGCGACGUGCUGGCUAUUAUUCGAACACGGCCGGCUCUCGGGAUCCUCGCGAUAUUCCAGCGCUUGGAGCCAAGAUCCCCCCAGGUGGCGGUGGGAGUUCUUGGGGUCGGAUUGUCUCCGGCUCCUAUGACGAGUCACUCUUGAUAUGGCACAAGGACCGUGACGGGGCGUGGUCAAUUGGGCACCGGUUGCGUCAAGCUGAUGCCGUUGCCAAUUCUUCUCGUGGAAAUCUCAGCGAUGCCGCGAGAGCUGCAAUCCUAGCUCAGGCUCAGCAAUUACACGCGGCUAAUAAUGCAACAACAGGACAUGCGGCGCCUGUGGCCCCGCCAGCACAACUCGUAGAGGAAGCUCAAGAUAACGAUGCCGGGGACGAAACACCAACACCCACACCCCCGAUGAAUACUACCAACGCUCCUCCUAUCCUGACGCAACAAGAUGGCGCGGCCUCCAACCAACCAGCUGUUCCCACCCAAGUUGGAACUGCAGCACCAACCCCCCCACAGCACCCGCUGUGA